AAAAGGUUCCACUGAGAGACAGUGGCGUUACUGACGUGUCCAUUGCUGCAUGGGCUCCAGCUGUGUGCCACCGAGUCGUCGAAUUGCCCAUAUAUUGAUACAAUCCGGCUGGCGAAGCCCACAGAGGCAUUUCCCUCGGAAAGGCAUUGCAAAGGCACUCAAUACCCUUGGAUUGACAUUGCUCAACGCUCGGGUUCGAUGAGGAGGGCCGGGGCCACCCAAGGGAUGGAGGUAUGGACGGGAUGCAUUCCCCGCACUGGUCUAUAAAUAAAUGCAUUUGCUGUCGGCAUGUGUGGCUGAUCAGAUGGACGAGUGCAAUGUGGAUGCCCGGAAGUCGGCAACACCAAAGCUGUUCGCCAGAUUCAAACCGAAGUUUCUCGAGGUGAGACGAUUUGAGAAACGGAAAAUUAAUUGCUGUGGCUGUCUGCCCAUUGCAAGAAGGUCCCCAUGGAUGGAUGUCUGCCUGGCGGCUGCCUGGCGCUACUGGUGAGCGUCGACAGACAGAGGUUUGUCUGCUUCUGAUCUUUGUGGGGACGUUCACCUACCGCUCUCAGUUGCGUCGCAAGUGCCAGUCCGUGAGUGGGAAGGACAAGGUGCAGCUCGAGAAGAUGCGCGACAGCGAUGGCUCACGCACCACGUGUGAUACGGAGGGCAUCGGGGAGGACGGCGUGCACCUCCCUCGCCGCCUCACUCAGGUAGUAAGUGGCUGGGGUAGGCGCAUACUCGUGUCAUCCAUCCAUCCAUCCAUUGCAUUAGUGGACUCUCUGUUGUGUAUGUGCCUGCCUGCAGGACUUCGAUAGUGUGUUCGAGGAGGCUGCUGCCGGUUCGUCCAGCGACGAAGGAGCAAAGGGGCCGGCCCUCAAGCAAAUCGCCUUGCAGAAACGCAUGGAUGCCGUCUUGUACGGACACCUGGAGGGGGUGAGACGAGACACACAAGGCGGCGAGACACCAACCGCCAAACAACAUGCACUGUGUCUGCGUGUCUGCGCAGAAGCUGGAUCAGGCCUUUCACGGUCGGGCGCCGAGAGGGUACGAUGGCGACAGGGACGGUGGUGAUGGCGAUGGCGACAGCGACAGCGAGUCGGCUGAGUCGUCGGUGUGGUUCAUCUACAACCAUAGUGAGUUGCCGGAGGGGGGCUACGGGAAGGGCACGGCCCACUGGCUGCCGAAGUGGCGACAGCAGGUGAGGGAGAGGUGGAGACAUGAGGGAAUGAAGGGCCUCCCACUCAUCAAUGGCCGAAUGGAUGGAUGGAUAAAUGGACUGUGUGUGGUGAUGAUGCAUUCACGCGUGCAGGAGAUCGAUGCGGCACUUGACAUGAUGCGAUUUCUGCGGGACGAUGCCGAUGCUGAGUCGGUGCCCGUGAGGCGCUGUGAGUUCCAUCCACUGAAACCACUCACGUGGGCGACACCUGAAUGGAUGGCCGUGCCGCUCACACUCACUCAUUUGUUCAUGUCACUUGCUGUCUGUGUGUGUGUGCCUUUCAGGUGAUGGAACGCAUGCAGCACGUGUGUGGGGCUGUAAGCUGGCUCGAUGGACGGAUGGGCAGAUGGUGGUGCGACAGACAUGGCUCUCUUGCUGCCGCCUGCCUGCAUGGUAUGUCUGGCUGGCUGACGUGAUGUAUAGACGUGACACGCGGCGGAUGCUUCCCUCCCUCUCCCUCUCUCUCCCUCUCUCUGCGGGGAGGGGCAUCCGUGUGAGUGACUCCCUCAGUCCAUGUGAGUGCUUCACGCGACCGACUUACUCGGUGCAUGUCCAGCCAUGUCCGGCGACACACAAGAGUCGUUCACGCCUCACUCAUUGAAU